CAGGCUGGCAUGUGAGGGGUUAAAUGCUCUGCUGGGCUCUGUCAAUAUGAGCAGGUAAAUAAUCUCUCUGCAGAGCGGGGCUGUGCGCCAGGCUGGUAGAGCGCGUUUCAGGUCUGUCGCUGGCAGCGCAGUGUGUCAGACAAGUCGUGUGGUGAAUGGAAAGACGUGUUCAUGGGGACAUGGCUGAGCAGCACUUGCCUGUGGGCCAGGGGGUCCAGAUCCGUUUCAUUGAUGACCUAAAAGAGAACAGGAAGCCGAGGAGCAUAAGGUCCAAGCAUGACUCAUACGGGGUGGCCAUCCGUGUCCAGGGCAUAGACGGACAACCAUUUGUGGUUCUCAACAGCGGAGACAAAACAAAAUCUUCAUAUGGGGUUCAGAUCAAAUCCAACAGCGGUUAUGGAAACACCUCCCCUAACCCCACACCUGAGUACCAGGGACUCACCACCAAGACAAGCCGGACCGUCCACUCCUUUAGUUCUGAGUCAGACAUACCUGAAAACCCUUAUGGCAAUAGGACAUACCCCCAACCUGGAUCUCAGUACAGCAGUACCUCAGACGAGGAGCAAAACUCCAGACCUCGCAGCAAACCACGAGCCCUACAGCCACCACGCAGGGAGGAGCUCCGGAGGUCCCAAUCCCAUGGUUCUUUACUGGAUGCAGAACUGGAGGACUCAUAUGGCUAUGAUGGGCACUACAGUGAGCGUUCCUCCACCCUUGACACUACAUACUCCCAAUCAUCAGGCAGCCGUGGAAGCCUGAAGACAACAGGCAAUGGAGAGACCACAUCUGGCAAAUAUAAGCCGGCAACUAGUCAACAACCUACCUCCUUCUCAACCUCGCUACAAAGGAAGACCAUUGUCCCAACGUCUUCCUCACCAAAGCUGCCGAGUGAAGACAUCGACACAAAGCCACUGUCCUCCGUGGAUUCUCUAAUCAACAAAUUUGAUAAUAAGGUCCAGAUGAGAGGAAGGACGGCGAGAAGAAGCCAGGCCCUGAAAGAUGAGCGCAAGCGGUCGCAGAGCUUGGACGGACGGCAGCCUCACCAGGACACCGCAGACUACAGAGAAGUACAGACCACAGAAAGGAGCAUACAACAGGAUCGGGGGCAGCUUUCUGACAACCGAUCAUUUGAUAGAGCAUCAAUAGAGAGAGAAGAUGUCAACAAGAGCAGGCUGACGAAAGAAUGGUUGGGAUUGACGAUGGAAGAUCCACUGACUCAGUCACAACAGAGAACUGUCCAGACGGAGCUACAGUUGAAGAGCACUCCAGACCUCCUGAAAGACCAGCAGCAAGAUGACCCCACUCGUGAGAUGAUUUACAGCAUCCUGCGGGACGGGUCUAAUGAGAGUGAUGCCACCCUGCGGAUAAAGACUAGUCUCCUCCUGGAGAAGAUUCAGUCCUUCCAAGCCUCCCCAGGAGAAGACACCAGGACACUGGUCUCUGAGAAGAAGGAGCUGGAGAGGAGAGUCAAGGAACUGCAGCAGCAGCUGGACGAUGAAAUGAAGCAGAGGAUGAGGCAGGAAGCUUCUCGUGAUCGUCCUAAGGCUUCCACCCAGAGACUGGAGGUGCAGCUGGAAGAGUCUAUGGAAGAAUGUAAGAAGCUGAAGGAGCUGCUGGAGAAGAAGAAGAACGAGCUAAACGGCAUGUCCCAGGAGUUAAUUGAAGUGCGGAUGAGCAAAGAACAAGUGGAAACAAAACUGAGGUCCCUGGAAGGGAAACUGCAAGACGCCAAGGAAGAAGUAAACCAGAUGCGUUUAAAAGGAGUGAGCGGGGACAAGCAUGCUCUGCUGAAGGAGCUACAAGAAAUGCAGGAGGAGUUGGAUGCAGUUCUGCAGACCCGGUGGAAGCAGGACGAGCUACUGAGACAGAAGGAGAGAGAACUAACCGCCCUGAAGGGGGCGCUGAAAGAGGAGGUGGCCAGUCAUGACCAGGAGAUGGAGCGUGUCAGGCAGCAAUACCAGAAUGACAUGCAGCAGCUCAGGAAAAACAUGGACAGCGUUUCGCAGGACCAGCUAAGCCUGGAGUCUGAGCGUCAGAAGAUAAACCAGGUUGUCAGGAACUUACAACGAGAGCUGGAGGAGAGCAGCGAAGAGAUCAACCAAUGGAAGGAAAUGUUCCAGAAGAAUAAGGAAGAGCUCCACAAAGCGAAGAAGGAGGUUUUGCAGUUGAAUCUCGAGAAAGAGGAGUCUGAGGACGAGCUGAAUGAGAUGAAAAAUCGCUUCUCCCUGCUACAGUCAGAGUUGGGGCAGAUGAAGAAUGACUCGGUGGAUGCCGGGGAAGUGGAAGUCACAAGGAAGGAGCUGCAGAGAUUCCAGGAUCAGGUGAAGCAGCUAAUGCAGGAGAAGCAGAAGUUGGAAGAGACUUUACGCCAGCGAGACCGGGAAUUGUCUGCCCUGAAGGGGGCGCUGAAGGAUGAAGUGUCUGGACACGACCAUGACCUGGAACAACUGCGCGAACAGUUCAGUCGAGAGCUGCAGCAGUCCAAGAAACAGCAUGAGGAGCAUGUGCGGGAGCUGGACAAGUUCCAGGACCAAGUGAACCCUCUGAUGCUGGAGAAGCAGAGGCUGGAGGAGACUCUGCACCAGCGGGACAGAGAACUAUCUGCUCUGAAAGGAGCGCUAAAGGAUGAAGUGUCUGGUCAUGACCGUGAGGCGGAAAAGAUGCGUGAACAGUUCAACAAGGAGGUGCAACAGACCAAGAAAGACUAUGAGGAGCUUCAGAAGGUUAAGAAAAAGCUGGAGGCUGAUAAGUCCGAUGCUGAGCGUAUGCGGCAAGUGAUCGAGAACACCUUACAGGAAACUCGUGAUGAAAACGAUGAUCUCCGCAGAAAGAUUCUAGGGCUGGAGGCUCAAGUGAAGGAGCUGAAGACAUUUUGUGAUGAUCUCCAGAGGGCAGAGACUCGGCUCAAGGACAAAAUUAGCAGAAUGGAAGCAGACCGAAAGAGGAUGGAAGAGUCUCUUGGAGAAGCCACAGACCAGGGCCAAGAAUUUGCUGUAACACGGAGGGACCUGGAGAACAAGCUGGACGAGGCUCAGAGGAACCUGAAGCGCCUGACGUUGGAGUAUGAGGAGCUGCAGGAGUGUUACCAGGAGGAGAUGAGGCAAAAGGACCAGCUCAAGAAGACCAAGAAUGAGUUGGAGGAGCAGAAGCGGCUGCUGGACAAGUCUAUGGAUAAACUAACCAGAGAGCUGGACAAUAUGUCAAAUGACUCCCAGGAAUCUCUUGAGAUGCUGCAGAGGCAAUUAGAAGAAUACAAGGAGAGGUCUCGCAAGGAGCUUAACGACUCGCAAAAACAAGCCAAGGAAAAAUCAGCCGAAGCCGAGAGAAUUCAGAUAAAUGUCAGUCGCCUGCAGGAGGAGAUGCAACGGCUGAAGCAGGCUCUUCAGGAGAGUCAGGAAGAGAAGGAGAGUGCAGUGCUGGACAAGGAGCUGGUCGCCCAGAGGCUGCAGAGCCUGGAGCAGGACAUAGAGUCCAAGAAACGAUUCCAAGAUGACCGCUCCAGGCAGGCCAAAGUGCUGGAGGACAAGGUGAAGCGUCUGGAGGUAGAGCUUGAUGAGGAGAAGAAUUCUGUGGAGCUCCUCACUGACCGGGUCGGUCGCACCCGCGAGCAGAUGGAGCAGCUAAGAGCGGAGCUCAUGCAGGAGAGGACCAGUCGCCAGGACCUGGAGUGUGAUAAGAUCUCCUUGGAGAGGCAGAAUAAAGACUUGAAGAACCGUCUGGCAGGAGCGGAGGGGCAGCAGAAGCCCAGCGCCAACCUGUCCCAACUGGAGGCUAAACUGCAGGAGGUCCAGGAGCGGCUGCAGCUGGAAGAGAGGGAGAAAAACACAUUGCUCUCCUCAAACCGCAAGCUGGAGAGAAAGCUGAAGGAGCUGAACAUUCAGCUGGAGGAUGAGAGGCUCCACGUCAAUGACCAGAAGGACCAGCUGAACUUGAAGGUGAAGGCUCUGAAGAGGCAGGUGGAUGAGGCUGAGGAGGAGAUUGAGCGUCUGGAGGGGCUGAGGAAGAAAUCUCAGCGAGAGGUGGAAGAACAGCACGAGAUCAAUGAGCAGCUCCAGGCUCGCAUGAAAGCUUUGGAGAAAGAGUCGAGGCGAAAGCCGAUCCGUCUUGCUGCAGACGAUGACGACCUCAGCUCCGAUGGUGACUUUGAUGGAUCGUAUGAUCCCAGCUCCAUAGCCUCGCUCCUCACUGAGAGUAACCUCCAGACCAGUUCCUGCUGACCACGUGGUGGAAAUCAUGCUGUUCUUCCUGCUGAUCCCUGAGCAUUACAUUGCAUCCAUGCGUGUGUAGAAGCCCUGGAGGCAGAUGGUCUCUUCUGAAUGUCUCCGCUGUCUGGUGCAGCGUGGUGGUAUGGCAGACUGCAGCCGUCUGUACCAUCCACAUGUAGCCCACUGUGCCUUUCUGGGCAGUACUUUCACUGCAGCCAGCGCCCUGGACACUCUGCUUGCCUGUCACCGCCCGUCCUGCUGCGUUUGGCCCUACACUUGACCCUUUGUGCCUCAGUAGAGACUGAUAAGGUGCUAGAUGCCACGUAUCCAGCGACAGCCAAUGAGUGCCUCAAUACCACUGCGAGGAGAGAGCGGCAGAGCCUCACCUGUCUCUUCUCACGUUUUCCUACCACAGCCAUGGUGUGAAGCACGUUUGUAAUUUUGUAAUGGAGAGAGUGUAAUAUGACUGUACAAUCCAUGUUGUUAUGGGGUGAGGGGGUAAGCACAUUCCUACAGAAUAUAUAUGGGGGUAUGAAGAAAGAUAUGUAAAUGGAAUGCAUACAAUAAUAUAUAUCUAUCUAUCAGCCAGGGGGCUGCAUGCUUUGCACUGCGGGGGGGGGGUGACAUGCUGCAUGCUGUCCCUGAGACGGGCGAUCUAUUAAUCCUUUGUAUAUUGGGAUAUGAUUUUGUAUCUGAGCGCUGCGCUCAUGUACGAUUCACUCAACCAAUAAAAUGGCCUCUGAUUUUCU